UACAGGACAGGAUGCAGCUCACACCGGUCUGCCUCAUGCUCUCCUGUCUGCGGGUCAGCCCCGACAGGUCCCAGUUCUCCAGGUAUGACUCCAUCUCUCUGAGCUGUGAGGACCUGUUGAACUCCACGGCUUGGAAAGUGAAGAGGAACACGUCGAGGAGCGGAGUCACCACCUGCACCUUCGGCUGGGGCUCCAACCCGGCCGGCUCCACCUGCUUCAUCGGAAACAUCUACCCGUCUGACAGCGGGACGUACUGGUGUGAGUCUGACAGCGGGGAGAGGAGCAACACGGUGAACAUCACCAUCACAGAGCGCCCCGUGAUCCUGAUAAGCCCCGCCCUCCCCGUACCGGAGGGGGCCGGCGUGACUCUGGGCUGCAGACACGAGGCCGACGCCUCCGUCCAAAGGUUCCAUUUCUACAAAGAUGGCCGCUCCGUCGGCAGUAGCAGCUCCACGGGGGAGUUCACUCUCAGUGUUUCCAAAUCGGACGAAGGACUCUACACGUGCGGCGUCCCCGGAGGCGGAGAAUCAGACGGCAGCUGGCUCGCUGUUGAAGCUCCUCCUCCUCCUCUUCCUCCAUCUUCGUCUCCAUCUCCAGCUCUCCCCGCAGCGCCGUGUCCGCUGUCCGUCUCCAGGUUACUGUGUCACCUGAUGGCGGGCGCUCCUUACCUGCUGUCCACCAUCUUACUGGGACUGAUCGUCAGAGACAGGAAGAGAGCAGCUCGGACGGAUGCAGAGAGAGGAGGCGGCGAUGACGUCGUUGUCAUGGAAACGGUUGCCUAAUUCUACAAACUGGUGGAGAAAGGAAAUACGUCUGACUCUGACCCUGCGUUCACCGGAGCGACCUGCAGCUUCUGAUGGCACACUGAAUGUAGAUGAUUUGCUCUGUGACCUUUGACCUGGUGCUGGUUUUAAUGUUUGUCGGCCCUCGGGGGGCCCCUUUACUGUUCCUGGGGGCCCCCGAGUGGUUGCCUCUGCUUUGAUGCCAUGUGUAAUUCAGUUGACCCAGAUUAUAGCCACGCUGAAUCGAUGUGUUUCUGUAACCAGAGAACAAAGUAAAAAUACUUUUUAUAAAAACUAAAAGAAAUCACUUUGUGAACGUUUGUUGCUUCAGUCUGCAAUCAGCCGGGGGAGUUUGGGGGAAAGAGUUUUUUUUUUCAUGUUCAGCCUGUCACUUACUUCAUCUGAGUUACAUCCAGGUGGUCAACACGAGGAACGCUUCACCUGCAGAGCUCCACCUGGACCGCUUCUUAAAGUCUUUAUAAGUAUCUCCUCUGAAAAUAACUCUGUGAGUCAUGACUGUCUACAAUGGGUGUAACACCCGAGUCCCACUGUCUGUGAUGUUUUCAGAGUUUUCAGAGUCCUAUCUUCACUUUGUUUACAUCGCCCGGACGGCCGGCUGACUCCUCCCCUCGUGUAUAAAAGUUGUUUAAUUGAGGGACUAGAGAAAAGAAGAAUAACAUACUGUACUCACUGCUUAACUGUGUUUCUAGAUCACGCUCAUUUCAGGUAAAUUUACAUGCAGUGUGAAGAUACGAGCAUAAUAAAGAUCGCUAGCAUUAGCAUGCUAACACAACAAUGCAGCGCCAGUUGUUUUGGUUUCAUGCUGGUGCUCAAGGGCGACAUCUGCUGGAUCAAAACAUCACAUAUAAAGCCUUUAAAGAGGACUCUUUCGAGCUGUUUGGUUCUGUUUCCUGUGUUUCUAUAUCUGUAUUUCUCUCAGGUCAUAAAUACUUUCCUCACUCGUCCCUACAUGAAUAAACACAUUAAGAUGA